AGAUGGAAUUCCAGCGCUGUUCCUCAAGAUGUCGGAUCGUAUGCUCAGACAAUGACUUUGAAGGCCACAUAUUUGGAUAUUUGGAAGCGGCUUAAUUGAGGAUAUAUUUGUCUAUCACUUAUUGCAAGUCAGAUUCGAGUACCUUAAAAACAAUGAAGACCAACUUCACUGGAAGCUAACACAGUGGAUCAAGAUUACAAGACACAGAAACACAGCAGUGCUUGGCCAUGUCUAUCUCCGUCCUUUUAAAGAAGUUAUAUAACCUGCCAGGGAAAUAUGACCGGAAAGUGGAAUUGUCUUUUAGAGGUUUUACUCACAAAACCAGGGUCCUUCAGUGUGAGAAUUUAGCCAUCUUCAAUGAGCACUUCAGAUGGCCUCACUAUGGGAAGGUUGAGAGGGAUGAAAUUCUGUCAAUCAGCGUCUACAACUGCAGUAAGAUGUUCAGCAACAGAUUGCUGGGAAGGCUGGUGAUCAGUCUGCAGCAUGUGGUGUCUGUGGGUCAGCUGCUGCUCCGUGAGCCCCUCACAGACAGUCAGCACAGUCUCACUGAUAUCUACAUAGAGCUGGAGGUGAAGUACAACCCUCUUCAGGGGGCUGCAGGCGGAUGGGACAGUGACGACUUCAUCAGAGAACAGGACACUGUUGGCUCAGAGCUUGUCAUCAGGAACACAGGCUUUAUGGAAGCAAAUUCUUCAGACAGCCUGCGUCCCCAGCAGCUGGACCGUGAGACGAGAAUGAUCGGUCGCAGUCUUUUGAAAACUGACGAAGAGAAAGGAGACGAAGAUGAAGAUGACUAUGAUGAUGAUUAUGACUUUGCAGAUAUUGAAUGUGCCAAUGUGACAUUCACUCCCAUUUUAAGCCGUUGCAGGGCUAUAGCAAAGCAUGAGCUUGCCGUCACACCUAAAGUGAAGUCUUUCCAGGUGAAUGUAAAUGUGAUUGAAGCUCAGAAACUGGUUGGGGUGAACAUCAACCCAGCAGUGUAUGUGACUAUUGGAGAUGAGAAAAAGCACACAGCUACUCAGAAGUCUACCAACUGUCCAUUUUACAAUGAGAACUUCAUGUUUGAAUUCCAAGAGACACAGGAUGUGCUCUUUGAUAAAGUGAUUCAGAUUUCUGUGGUUCAUAAGAAAAUCCUUGCCUUUAUGAUGACCCACAUAGGGACCUUUAAGAUCGAUAUCAGCACAGUGUAUCAGCAGCCAGAUCACCGUUUCUACCAGAAAUGGGCCCCACUUACUGACCCAAAAGACACCCGCUCUGGAAUUAAAGGCUAUGUGAAGUGCACAGUGAGUGUGGUUAUGAAAGGUGACCCCAUGGGUAUGGUCAGCCUGGCACCAGCUGGCAGCCAGAAUGAUGACAUUGAAAAGAACCUUCUCCUGCCAAAGAGGAUGCCUUCAGAACGUCCUUGGGCAAAGUUUGUCCUGAAGAUCUUCAGAGCUGAAGGUUUACCCAGCAUGAAUUCAGGUUUCAUGGGGAAGAUAAUGAGAGACAAGAAGGUUUUCCUUGAUCCUUAUGUUCAGGUCAUGUUCGCUGGCCAGCAGGGGGAAACAUCAGUAGACAGCAACACCAAUGCUCCUGAGUGGAAUGAACAGAUAUCCUUCAUUGAGCAGUUUCCUCCUCUUGCUCGAAGAAUCAAGAUCCAGAUCCUGGAUGAUGCCAACAUUGGAGAUGUGGCUGUGGCAACACACUUCCUGGACCUGCUUCAAAUCUCCAAUCCCAACCGAAAUGGUUUCAAUCCCACCUUUGGCCCUACUUGGGUCAAUCUCUAUGGCUCUCCUCAAAACUCCACACUAAGAGACAUCCACAGAGAUCUUAAUGAAGGUCUGAGUGAAGGGAUCUUCUAUAGAGGCAGAAUACUGCUCUCGCUGAGUGUGGAGGUUUAUUCCUCUCCUACAGUUGCGGUGACAGAGAGUAAGAACUUUGCGAAUGUGAAAAGCAAAAUGAGCAGGCUUACUCUUAAACGCAAGAGUCGAAAGUCCAAGGAGAAGACAGGAGGCAAAGAAGCAAUGCCGAGUCCCAGUGGGCCUGCCGCCGAGUCUGAAGAUGUCGGCGCUGAGGUACCAGCUGCCGUUACUGUGGAAGUGGAAGAUGUCCACCCUCUUCCUGAGAAUUUCACUGGAGAGAAGGAUGAAUUUUUGUUGUUUGCAUCCUUCUUUGAAGUAACAAUGGUAGAUCCUUGUAUUGGCUCCAAACCCGUCACAUUUGAGCUGUCCAUAGGGAAUUAUGGGAAAACUGCAGAUGUGGUGAAGUCCAGGAAGAGUGGCAGUCAGGAGAAUCUGGCCGAGGACAGACAGCCGCUGUUGGAAUCAGAUGAUGAGCUAGAGAGAGAUGAACUUCUGAACCCUGGCCCUCAAGACAAAUCCGUCACUCCACCCAGGAGACCGCAGCCCACUGAAUAUGACAGAUCAUUUAGUUGCAUUCCCUUAUUCCGAGAGAAACCAUGCAUCUUUGUGUGGAGCCACUUUGAGGAUCACACCUUCCGAUUCCACAACAGCAACUGGUUGUCCAAGAUGGCUGACCGGCUGGAAUAUGGCAUUGAUGAAGUGGAGAUGCUGUUGAAAAGAUCAAAAAUCAAGGCUAAAGAACGUUUGGUGGAUGUCCUGCUGGAAUUCUUUUCCACUUGCCAUCAGUACAACAGUAACUUAGACAGGAAGAGGAAUGCUCGUCAAAACACCCUGGAUAAGUGCCGUGUGGGGCUCAUCAAAAGGAACAUUGUUUUGCUGGCAAAGAAGGCCCUGAGAGUGAGAAAGAGAGUCACCAGAAAUACGGUUAAAGACAGACUAGCAGAUCUCAAGAAUAUUGCAAAGAGGCUCCGCUUUCUGGCAAUAGAACCUCAGAGCACUCUGCCUGACGUGUUUUUGUGGAUGUUGAGUGGAGGGAGGCGAGUGGCCUACGCCAGGAUCCCUGCACACUCCAUCCUCUUCUCACUGGUGGAGGAAGAGAAGGGGAAAGACUGUGGGAAAAUCACUACUGUGUACAUGAAGACCCCUGGAGGACCAGUGGGGGAAAUCUUUGCCAAACUGGAAGUAUAUAUGUGGCUUGGAAUCAUAAAGUACGCAAAAAACUGUGUCACCAGCCUUCCAGCAGAGUUUAGACCCGUUUACGAAGAGGCGACAUCUGGUCAAUCAAUCCCCCGUAACAUGCCUCCCACCAAAUUAGCAGUAGAAGACAGUCGUUAUUUCCAGCUACGUGCUCACAUUUAUCAAGCGCGUGGCAUUAUUGCAGCUGAUGACAAUGGACUGUCCGACCCCUUCGCCAAGGUUGUGUUCAGCACACAGUGUCAGGUCACACGGGUGAUGGAAGAAACUCUGUCCCCGACGUGGUCUGAGUUACUCCUUUAUGAUCAGGUUCUGAUGGAGGGCAGUAAGGAUGAGUACAGAGAAGACCCUCCUGUGGUCAUCAUCAAAAUUUAUGACUACAACAAACUAGGCAGUCCACAAGCCCUUGGUUGUGCAUUUGCAAAGCCGGAGUUGAAGUUUGUGGAAGAGCCCUAUAAAAAACCCCAGCUGCAGUUUUUUGAGAUCACAAAAGGCAAGAGCAAAGCUGGUGAAAUUCUGGCAGCUCUUGAGCUCAUCGAGUUGGAUUACUCGAGCUUUGGAGAGCCAGCUCUGCCACUGGAUGUUGACCCCAAGGAACCACAGUACAUUGAAGAAGAAAGCUAUUAUAUUAUCCCUGAGGGUGUUCGCCCUGUGCUCAGGAAAUACAGAAUAGAGGUGCUGUACUGGGGCCUGAGGGACCUGAAAAGGGUCAACCUGUUUGAAGUGGAGCGGCCUCAAGUGAAGAUUGAGUGUGCGGGCCAGAUGAUCGAGUCGGAGGAAAUUCAGAGCUACAAGCUGAAUCCCAACUUCAAUGAUGUGGUUAAACACUUUGAUGUUGAACUUCCAGAGCUUGUCUAUCUGCAUCCUCCUCUUACCAUCUUCGUAAUGGAGCAAAGGGCUUUCGGGAGGCUGGUCCUGGUGGGAACUCACGUGGUCCAAAACAUUGUGCAAUUUGGUCCCAGGGACCAAGAGGAGUGGAAAGACGAGGAGGAGGAGCCCGAGGUUUUAGAGAAGAAGCCUCCCCAGAAGACCACUCCUCUAACUACAGUGAUCACCAUGGAUUUGGGAGGACUUCCUAUGAAGCAUAGCAAAAUUCCUAUUAAUCCUCUUAACGUAGUCAUGUCUCCAAUCAAAAAGGUUAUUAAAAAAGAGGAGGAGCUAGAGGAGGAGCCACCAGAAAAGGAGGAGCUUGAUUGGUGGUCUAAAUAUUAUGCAUCACUGGCUGAACUUGAAAAACAGGAGGAGAAAGAGGAUGAUUUGGAAGAUGGACAAGAUGGAGAUGGUGCUCCACUGAGCAUGUCAGCACUAGAGGCAGAGGAUGAUGAUGCUGUGAUUGAAAUAGAGCCGCCUGCUCCAAAGAGGAAGACAAUUGCCACCAUACAGCUGUACAAGUCUGAACUAGAAAACGAAUUCAGUCAGUUCAUGGACUGGUUGCACAUAUUUACUGUCUACAAAGGCAAAUCCAGCCUGGAAGAUGAAGAGGAAGAUGAAAGUACGAGAUAUAUGGGUAAAUACAAGGGGUCGUUUCUGAUGUACCCCAUCGCUCCUGAAGACGAGGAUGCAGACUGUCAGAUCACUAAUGGAAUACCCAAAAAUACACCCAUCAAAGUCCUUGUGAGAGUGUAUGUAGUAAAAGCAACCAAUCUGGCACCCACAGACCCGAAUGGAAAGGCAGACCCCUAUGUGGUGGUAAAAGUCGGGCAACAGCAAAUGGACAGCAAAGAGCGCUACAUUCCCAAACAACUGAACCCAGUGUUUGGAGAAGUGUUCGAAUUGACCGUGUCUUUCCCCCUGGAGACAGAGCUCACACUAUUUGUGUUUGACCACGAUCUUGUGGGCUCUGAUGACCUGAUCGGUGAGACCCGUGUGGACCUGGAGAACCGUUUCUACAGCCGCCACCGCGCCGGGUGUGGCCUGGCCCUUCAUUAUGAUACGGAUGGCUAUAAUAAAUGGAGAGAUGCCAAGAAACCCACUGCGAUAUUAUUGGAGCUUUGCCGCAAAAAUGGGAUUCCAUCUCCAGAGUACAGGGAGUCUGAAAUUAAAGUUCUCAACAAGAUCUUCAAAGUUCCCAAUGAGGCUUUUCCAGAAGAGUUGCUGAAGAAGAAUAAGAAGACAGAGGAAGACUAUGCAGAGCUGGAUGAGCAUAAAGCCCUGAGUGUCCUGCAGCGCUGGAAAGAUAUGAGAGAGUUCAGUGAGGGAGCGUGUCCUCUGGUUCCUGAGCAUGUGGAGGUCCGCUCACUGCUUAAUACGGAAAAGCCAGGCCUCCCUCAGGGUUAUGUUCACAUGUGGAUUGACAUGUUUCCUGUGGAUGUACCUCCUCCACCACCUGUUAACAUCAAACCUAGACUUCCAGAGAGUUAUGAGCUGCGUGUGAUCAUCUGGAAUACUGAUGAUGUCGUACUGGAUGAUGUCAAUCCUUUCACCGGAGAGCCAUCAAGUGACAUCUACGUUAAAGGCUGGAUUAAAGGUCUGGAAGAUGAGAAACAGGAGACGGAUGUGCAUUUUAAUUCCCUCACUGGUGAAGGCAAUUUCAACUGGCGCUUUGUCUUUCACUUUGACUAUCUUCCCACGGAGAAGGAGGUCAUCUACAAGAAGAAGGAGUCCCUAUUCGCCCUUGAGGAGACUGAAUUCCGCCAGCCGGCUGUUCUAGUGCUGCAGGUCUGGGAUUAUGACCGCAUCGGCUCCAAUGACUUCUUAGGAUCCAUAGAGUUGCGUCUAAGCGAUAUGGUCCGUGCUGCAAAAUCCUGCGAGCAAUGCAGCAUCAAGAUGGCCAAAGACAAGGCUGGCCCUCGCUUCUCCAUCUUCCGCAGCAAGAGGAUGAAAGGCUGGUGGCCGCUCAUCAAACUAAAGAGCCAAGAGGACAUCGAGAGAGAGGAGAGGGAGGCUGAACAAGAGAAGAAAAACAAGAAGAAGAAGAAAAAGAAGGCAAGCAAGCGUAGCCAAAUGAAACCCGAAGAUCUGCAGUUUGUGGACAACAGUGGGAACACCUUCCUCCUAAUGGGUAAAGUGGAGGCAGAGUUUCAUCUAGUGACACCUGAAGAAGCUGAGAAGAACCCUGUGGGAAAAGCACGCAAAGAACCUGAACCUCUGGACAAACCAAACCGCCCCAAGACAUCCUUCAACUGGUUUGUGAACCCGUUGAAGACCUUUGUGUUCUUUAUCUGGAAGAAGUACAAGAAGUACAUCAUUGCCUUGAUCAUUUUGGUUAUCCUUGGCGUCUUCCUCUUCCUCAUCCUCUACACCCUGCCUUCACACAUCAGCCAGCUUAUUGUCAGUGGAUGAGAAGGUGUAAACAGAGAAAUGUAUGAAUCAACAGGGGAAAUAAUGAUAUACAUAGCUUUUAAUGCUUGGAAAUUUCCAGACAAAAGCAAUAAUGAAUAGAAUAAGACUUUAACAAACAAUUGCCUGUCAAUGAAUUCAGUGCAGUUUAAUGCUUUAUGAUUCAAUGUACACUGAUGUUCAAAAGUAUUAGGGUAGUAUUUGUAUUUUUAUUUUUAAGGAAUUAAUACUUUUAUUCAGCAAGGAUGCAUUAAGUUGAUCCAAAUGUUCUGUUUAUCAAAGAAUCCAGAUUUUUUUUUUUUUUUAUCCAAGUCACAAAUACAGUUUU